GAGAGAGAGUGAGCGAGAGACAAUGUGUGUGUAUGAGGGGUGUGUCUGUACGCAGUGUGUGUCAGUGUCGAAGGUAUAUAUAAUGCCCUGAGAGUAUCUUGGACUAUUGGUUCAGAAGUUCCUAGUCUCUCCUCUUGGCCGAUGUGAAAUUGAGUGAGCUCAUGAAGAGCAAGGGUGAGCAGGGUGAUCUGCAGGUGACAGAAGGAUGGCAGGCUUACAACAUGAGCCGCGACCCCGAGGUUGGCCACUGGGAAUCUUCUCACGUCUCCUAUCUGACCUUCAAGAGUCUCAUUCAGCUCAGCCAGGGAAUGGACUCUGGGGUGGUGAUGUUGGAUAGAGAAGAGCCAUCACUCUCCAGCAUCAUGGAGAAAAUCGUGGAUGAGUUGGUUGAGAAGAAGGAGAUUAGACCUGAUGACCGUGAUGGAGUAUUUAAAGCUUUAACACAGAGCCAGAGAGAGUCAAUGGAGACACAGGCUCUGAUGCAGAAAACAUUCAUAUUUGCAGAAAAGAAUGAUGCAUCUGAAGGUCUGGAAGCCUCCAUGGUGUUUGUGAGAGCUCUAGGCUUUCUGGAGAAGCCAACUGUGGCAUUUGUUCGCCUGAAGGAAGCGCAAGUUUUUGAGAUGUCGCUGGAGGCUUCAGCUCCUGUUCGCUUCAUCUUUGUGCUGAUUGGAUCAACUAUAAUCAACAUGGACUAUCAUGAGACUGGUCGAGCAAUGAGCGCACUUCUGUCAGAUAAAGUGUUUAACCAGGCAGUGUUAAAAGCCCAGACCGUUAAAGAGGUGAAUGAUGCAAUGAUGGACUUCCUGGAUUUCAGCAUGGUGAUUCCACCAACAGAGAUUCAGGAUGAAACCAUGCUUGCGACCAUCAUUGGCUUCCAGAAGAGGCUUCUGCAGGAGAGACUUCACCCCUCUGAGCCUCCUCAGCACCACUUCGACCCCAAAGCAGAUAGAUCAUCUGUUUCCAAAGUGCCUCCACUGGAGGAUCUGCUGGUGCGCACCGGAAUACCAUUUGGAGGAUUGAUCAAAGAUUUAAGAAGACGCUACAAACACUACAAGAGUGACAUCACUGAUGCAAUGAAUCCUCAAGUCCUUGCUGCUGUAAUCUUCAUUUACUUUGCCGCCCUUUCUCCUGCUGUCACCUUUGGCGGUCUCUUAGCUGAUAAAGUGGAUAACAUGAUUGGAGUAUCAGAGCUCUUGCUGUCUACAGCAGUGCAAGGUGUCAUUUUCUGCCUGCUCGCAGCCCAGCCAGUUCUUGUAAUUGGCUUCUCAGGACCGCUGUUGGUCUUUGAAGAGGCUUUCUAUAAGUUCUGUAAGUCUCAGGACAUUGAGUACAUCGUAGGUAGAGUGUGGAUCGGUGUGUGGCUCAUCGUCAUUGUAGUGAUGAUUGUGGCAAUCGAGGGCAGCUUCCUGGUGCGCUUUAUCUCCCGCUUCACCCAAGAGAUCUUCUCCCUCCUCAUCUCCUUCAUCUUCAUUUAUGAGACCUUCUCCAAACUCAGCAGUAUUUUCAAAGCCCAUCCUCUUAAUCUCAACUAUGAGCACUUAAAUGCCUCAGUGGAAGAUCCUUGGCACCCCAUCAUCACCCAUCACACGACCGUAGAUUAUGCUACAGGCAACACCACCACAGUCACCACCAUCAAUUACCGUGCCUACCCCAACACAGCACUACUCUCCAUGUGCUUGAUGUUUGGCUGCUUCUCUAUCGCUUACUUCCUGCGCAUUUUCAAGAACGGGUACUUCCUGCAUGGAAAGAUCCGUCGUUUGAUGGGUGACUUUGGUGUCCCCAUCGCUAUUUUCCUCAUGGUUUUUGUGGAUAUCAACAUUAAUGACACCUACACACAAAAACUGGUGGUGCCUAAGGGCCUGGAGGUGUCUAACCCUGCCAUGAGAGGCUGGCUCAUUAACCCCAUGGGUGAGCACAAGCCCUUUCCCACCUGGAUGAUGUUCGCUGGUAUUGUGCCUGCGAUUCUGGUCUUCAUCCUCAUCUUUCUUGAAACCCAGAUCACAACGUUAAUUGUAAGUAAACCUGAGAGGAAGAUGGUGAAAGGUUCAGGUUUCCAUCUGGACCUUCUGGUUUUGGUGUGUAUGGGAGGUUUUGGUGCUUUCUUUGGAAUGCCAUGGCUCAGCGCUGCCACAGUUCGCUCUGUAACGCACGCCAAUGCUCUGACUGUCAUGAGCAAAGGACCUAAACCAGCGAUUGAGAAGGUUCUGGAACAGAGGAUUAGUGGUGUAUUGGUGGCCCUGCUUGUAGGCCUGUCUAUCUUCAUGGAGCCCAUUCUGAAGAUGAUUCCCAUUGCAGCUUUGUUUGGAAUUUUUCUCUACAUGGGAGUCACAUCUCUAAGUGGCAUUCAGCUGUGGGAUCGCAUGCUGCUCCUCCUUAUACCAAAGAAGUACCACCCCAAUGAACCAUAUGCUCAAAGAGUGAAAAUGAGCAGAAUGCAUAUGUUCACGGGCAUCCAGAUUGUGUGCCUUACAAUGCUGUGGUUAGUGAAGUCAAGCCCGGUGUCACUCGCCCUGCCCUUCAUCCUUAUUUUAACCAUCCCACUGCGUGUGUAUCUCAGCCGCCGUGUCUUCACCAAGCUCGAGAUGAAAUGUCUGGAUGCUGAUGAUGCCAAAGUGACAUUUGAAGAGGAGCCCGGAGUGGACGUGUACUCAGAGACUCAGAUGCCAUUGUAAAAUAAAGUUAUUUUCAGUACCAGUAUUGAAAA